CACACACGGCACUUGGGCCGGGUUUCCGCGCGCUGCGUUCCCCGGCUUGGAUGGGAGUUUUCAUUUCAGAAGGAGGCAGAGCCGGCGGAGCCGGGUGAAGGGCUGGAGCCCUAAGUUACUCCUCGCCAGCGCUGGUCUCCCGCUGUCACUCACGCAGGCUGGCUGGGGGAAGGGACCCGCACGCCGGGCUUUGUUGUGGAAAUCCCGGUUACCUGGUUAAUAACCCAAACCAUGGAUAACUUACUGGACUUUGCCUGAACGGAGUCAUUAGUGCAAUUGGAUAUUUGACCAUCCUGGCCACAGGUUUUUUCAUAAUGAAUGGAAGGUCAUGCAGCAUGAAUCUCCUCCGGUCAACAGGAACUCCCCAGGGACCUGGAAUGGUCAGUGUCCAACACAUUCCUCCCUUGCGAGCCCACUCAGGGACUCCUGGUCCCUCAUCCUGUGGCAGCGCACCAAGCCCUGCUGUUGGAGGCCUUGCCAACAGUAUCCAUCUCAAGAUGCCCUCAGGAGGAGGAAUGGUUUCUCAGAACAGCAUGACUGAGAGCCCUAUCCAUCUCCCAGCCUUGAGCCCUAGGAGACAAGUACUCACCAAUGGAAAGCCACGAUUCCAUGUCACUCAGGCCGGAGGCAUGUCAGGGCCACACACUUUAAAGCCAAAGCAGCAGGAGUUUGGAAGUCCUUUUCCAACAAAUCCUGGCAAAGGGGCUCUUGGCUUUGGGCCUCAGUGCAAGUCCAUUGGAAAAGGCAGCUGCAACAAUCUAGUGGUCACCAGCAGUCCCAUGAUGGUUCAGCGACUGGGACCCAAUUCACCUCCAGCAAGCCAGGUCUCUACAGCAUGCAACCAGAUCAGUCCUAGCUUACAGAGGGCAAUGAAUGCAGCCAACCUGAAUAUACCUCCUUCAGAUACCAGGUCCCUUAUUUCUCGUGAGUCUUUGGCAUCCACAACUUUGAGUCUGACAGAAAGUCAGUCUGCACUGAGUGUGAAACAAGAAUGGUCCCAAGGCUACAGGGCUCUCCCUUCACUCUCCUCCAACCAUGGCUCUCAGAAUGGCAUUGAUCUUGGGGACCUCCUGAGCCUUCCUCCUGGGACAGCCAUGUCCAGCAAUAGUGUCUCUAAUUCAUUGCCACCCUACCUUUUUGGCAUGGAAAAUAGCCACUCUUCAUACCCUAGUCCCAGGCACUCUUCAACCAAGUCCCACUCGGCUCGCUCCAAGAAGAGAGCACUGUCCUUGUCCCCUCUGUCUGAUGGCAUUGGGAUUGACUUCAAUACCAUCAUCCGCACCUCACCCACCUCCUUGGUCGCCUACAUCAAUGGGUCGAGGGCUUCUCCAGCCAAUAUGUCCCCGCAACCUGAAGUCUAUGGGCAUUUCCUGGGGGUGCGUGGCAGCUGCAUUCCCCAACCAUGUUCAGUGCCAUGCAGCCAGAAAGGUGUGCGAGUGGCCAGCGGGGGACUGGCACUCCCUGUCUACUGUGAGGAUGGCUCUCUGGAGUAUGAACGCAUGCAGCAGCUAGAGCAUGGGGGCCUCCAGCCUGGCUUGGUCAACAACAUGGUGGUGCAGCAUGGCCUGCCGGGACCCAAUGGCCAGUCAGCUGGUCUGUUGAAGACUGAGCGCCUGGAUGAUUUUCCCAGUAACGCCCUUGACCUGCCCCCAGCACCGUCUCUGCCUCCUCUACCACCACCACCCCAAGGUCCCCCACCUCCCUACCAUGCCCAUCCACAUUUGCACCACCAAGAGCUUGUAUCCCACACGCAGCCACUGACCCUGCCUCAGGCUGUCCUGGAGGAUGAUGGAGAGAUGGACGACAUCGGGGGCAAGCACUGCUGUCGCUGGAUCGACUGCAGUGCCUUGUAUGACCAGCAGGAGGAACUUGUGCGGCACAUCGAAAAGGUUCACAUAGACCAGCGCAAAGGGGAAGAUUUCACUUGCUUCUGGGCAGGUUGUCCUCGAAGGUACAAGCCAUUCAAUGCCCGCUAUAAACUGCUAAUUCACAUGAGAGUCCACUCCGGGGAGAAGCCCAACAAAUGUUCGUUUGAAGGUUGCAAAAAGGCCUUUUCAAGGCUUGAAAAUCUCAAGAUUCACUUGCGGAGUCACACGGGUGAGAAGCCAUAUUUGUGCCAACACCCAGGCUGUCAGAAGGCCUUCAGUAACUCCAGUGACCGCGCCAAACACCAGAGGACACAUCUGGACACUAAACCUUAUGCUUGUCAAAUUCCAGGAUGCACCAAACGCUACACAGAUCCAAGUUCCCUCAGAAAACAUGUGAAAGCACAUUCUUCCAAAGAUCAACAAGCAAGAAAAAAGUUGCGGUCCAGUGCAGAACUUCAUCCUGAACUGCUCACGGAUUGCCUCACUGUGCAGCCUCUGCAGUCAGCCACUUCUCCCAGAGAUGCUGCAGCUGAUGGAGCUGUGGCGCGCUCCCCAGGGCCUGGGCCUGACCUCUAUUCAGCUUCCAUUUUCUCCAGCAAUCAUUCAAGUAGAAGCGGAACAGCUGCUGGGGCCGUGCCACCCCCACAUCCUGUCAGUCACCCUUCUCCGGGACAUAAUGUACAGGGGAGCCCCCACAACCCCUCCUCCCAGUUACCUCCACUCACAGCUGUGGACGCAGGAGCUGAGAGGUUUGCACCUUCUGCUUCAUCUCCUCACCACAUCAGCCCCCAGAGAGUUCCACCUCCUUCUUCACUAAUGCAGAGAACACAGCCUCCCCAUAACCAGCAGCCAUCAGGAUCACACCUGAAGUCUUAUCAGCUAGAAGCAAACAAUUCUUUUCAACCAAAUGGAAUCCAUGUCCACGGGUUUUAUGGACAGCUGCAGACAUUGUGUCCCCCCCAUUACCCCGACUCCCAGAGAACAGUGCCGCCCAGCAGCUCCUGCAGUGUGGUGCCUGCCUUCGAAGACUGCUUGGUCCCCACAUCCAUGGGCCAGGCUGGCUUUGAUGUUUUCCACAGAGCCUUCUCAACUCACUCGGGCAUUACAGUGUAUGAUCUGCCUUCGGGUUCUUCAAACCUCUUUGGUGAGCCUGUUCGCAGUGGGCCUGAAGAUGCCACAUUCUUACAGAUCAGUGCUGUGGAUCGUUGUCCUAGUCAGCUCUCUUCUGUUUAUACUGAAGGCUAACAGCUCCUGACCUCCACUACCACUGGCAUCCAGAACCUUCUUAUUGCUUGCCACCUUCUGUUUUCACACUGUCAUAGACUGCAUGAAAAAGGAUGUCAAUUAAAUCAG